AUGGGAUUGUUUCAAGAAGAACCUGAUGAGCCAGAUGGUCCAGCCCUUUUCCAAGCAGAAAAUGAUCGGGUUGACUGGUUUCCACUUCAAGAUGAAGGUGAUGAACCUGAUGAUCGUUUUUUGCCUUCUCAACCAUCACAACCAUCGUCCACACCACAACCUUUCCAAGAUGAAGAUGAUGAAGCAGACUGUGACUCAGAUUCAUCUGGCUGUCUAGCUGAUGGCGAAGUGGAUGUAAACAAGGACAAGUACCAAGAGCUUGUGCAGUUGAACUUUGCUACACUAACGAAAUUUUUGGAAUCCCAGCUUUCCCAAAUUUCAGAUCGUUUGACCAAGCUCUUACGAGGGGCGUGCAAAUGCUCAGAGGGCAAUUGCUUUCAGCAGUUCGGCCUUGAUGAGACUAAGAAUUUCCUUGAUGCCUUUGAAGCGAGAUCCAAAUUGGAGCAAGACACUAUUCUUUUCUUGGCAUGGUCUGAUGCCGGGCUGGUUCGGGUUGGACCUGCGAAACGAUGGGGGCCAGGGGCAAAGGGUAGCCAUCCAGAAGAUGCAAGUUCAUGCGAUGAUGUUGCGUGUGUUUCAGAAGUGGAAGGUGAGACUGAUGGGGAGUUGGUGCAGUAUCUGCAAUCGAACACUUCCUUUCUGCUUGCAAUGUCCAGCACUGGUGGACUGACAGACUUAUCAAAAAUGACAAGGAAGUACUUACCUCCAGGGACAUUGUACGAGUUGUACCAGUACUACAUCAGCUGGUGUUCGACCCACAACAUUCUUGAGAAAGCUUCGUAUCAGGACCGCACACUUUCCAUGGACAUCCGACUGGGUGCUCUGAAACUUUACAGGCAGCAUUUGGUUGCCCAAUAUGCUGAUCGCUGCGCAUAUUGGGCACUCAAAGACAUUAGCUCAGACGUCAUGGCCCAAACCAUCACCAUCACUACCGAUGGAGCAGACCAAGCAAAGUACCAAAUACCUCGGGACCCAGACUUGCGAGCUGCUUAUAGGUUGAGCAGAAGUUCCAGCAUGGUGGAUACAGAUUCUGUGGUAUCCAUUUUGAAGGAUGAGUUGCAGAAGCCAUCCAUGAGGGCAUUCGUCAAUGGCAAGGUCAUUGUUGAUGUUUUACGGGUGUACCGAAUGAUGCAACAACGGGAUUUGGCUCCAUCUUUGACCCAAACCUGGAAAGACCUUGCGACCGUUUUUGAGAACCUGCACGGAGUCAAGAAGGAAGAGGGCGAUGUUAAGCAAGAGGAGAAGCCUGAGAGAAAGUUGCAAAUCUCCCCUGAGAAGAGUGAUGACUCACUGGCCAAGAAGAGGAAAACAGAGUGGCAGGCAGCAGUGAAAAAACUCCCUGGCGACACCACUUUCGUCCAGGAAGUCCUUAGCUACCUUUCCAUGUUCACAGAGCCAGCAUCUGCUGGAACCGUUGGGCUGUCAGCUCAUCCGGUGGACUUAGUCAUGCAGUCCUUUCAGCGUGCAGAGGAUGUACCACGACUGCUUGAAAAGUGCCAGGGAUUCUUGGAGGAAGCUAUGAAGAUUCACGGGAAGAAGAUGGAAAUUUCCAACAUCCCAGACAUCACCUCUAUGCUUCUGGGGGCAGAUGAUGAACAGCACAUGGUGGAUCUGGUGUUACCCUUGCUGGCUGCGGUGUCUGAUGUCUUCAAUUUGCCGGCCACGAUCUCUUCGAACCGGGACCCUGAGAAAGUUAGCUUCGAAAACAUGCAGUUGAGCACACAGGGAAGUGAACGGCAGAAGAAGGACAUUCUCAAGUGUUCCCUACGGUUUGAACAACUACUCAUUGAGAGGAAGGCAAUUUCCCGGGACCAGAAUGACUCAGAGAUCCUUGCAGAGCUGAUUGCCAAAUACAACAGUUUCAAAGCGAAUGCUGCCAUCAAAAAAUGGCAGAUAUCACCUGAUGCCCAUCAAGCCAUCCAUGGCAUCAUCGUGGGGAUGACAAGCGAAUCAAGAGCAUUGAUUCGUUCACAUCUGGAUUACAACAAGUGGGAAGAAUCAGGAUACAACGAGAGCAUCUUGCGUCUGAAGAGGCAUCAGUUGAACGAAACCGCAAAAGGAUGCCAACCAUUUUGGCAGCAGCUGCUCACAGUGACGCCCGAAGUGCAGAAGCUUCACUUUCUGAAGUACAAUCAUUGGUGGAGCGUGAAUUCGAAGAGGAUGAAACGGUCGAUGAGAAGCCGGUUGCGAUGGAAUGAUGAACAGUGGAAUCGAAGUGUUGAUCAAUGUGCUUUGGCGAUCUACGUCAUCCAGGAGGCCAAAAAAGACAAGCGUGUCACAGAGGAUAUGAUCAACAACAUGCAGAGGGCCUUUGUCAAUGGGGACUACACCCAAGACUUCGACGCCUUACUCAUUGCAAAGCCUGCCCGCUUUGCUGUUGAGAUGACAGCAAUGUACCAGGACUAUGUCUCCAAACCUUUGAUGCAAACCAGUUCCAAAACCGAUCUGGAAGAUUGUGCCACUAUUGACGAAGCAGAGGAGCAACUCAAGACUGCUGAGUAUGGAAUGGUCACUGCGUCCCUCUCCAAUGACUUCCGGGAAGCUGUGUCCUUCAAUCUCAGGAAGCACAAGGUGGAGUCGUCAAAGCAUGUGCAGCAGGUACUUCACCUGCGUGACCAAAUCAAUGCUGGUUUGGGGCUGGCUGAUCGAUUCAUGGAGAAACGGAUGUUGAUGCUGUGCGGAGAGAAAGGCUUGCAAGAUUCACUCACUGGGUUUACCCGUCGAGUUUUGGCAGAGGCAGGCCAACGUUUCCCAGAUGUCCAAAUGGACCAAAUCCACCAUACCGGAUUUUUGGACACAACGAAGUUCGGGCGGCUCUCUAUGCCCGAGAUUGAUGCCAUGGCAUGCUGGGCACAAAAAGUGCUCAAUUUGAACCCAGAUCGCAGCAUGAUUGUGAUGACAUGCCCUACUUUGGCUGGUGAUGGUGUACUGUUUGGACUUCGUGGUGAAGCCAGGAGAAUCGAAGACAAGUUCCAGUCCAUGAAUAUGGAGCUGAAAAACAUCAGCGUGUGCUUCGAUUGCUCCAAUCUUCAUGGCAACAGGGUCUUCCCCUCAAUGCUGCCGGCUUGGAUGGUGGUGCUGGCAUCAACGUUGGGUUGCCGGCAAGGCACCCUGUUCAAAGCUCCGCGCAAUGCAGAAGUUCAAUUGGCUGACAGCAAUGUCUUCUGUCGAAACGACUGGUGGCUGUUGAAUUGUGACUAUGUGACCCCAGAAAGCACAACCUUCUUCAGCCAUGAGCAUGGCCGAUCCCUGACAGUGGUGCUGGAUCUGAUGACAGAGUUUCAGCAGGAUGCAUUCUUGGCAUGUUUUUCUGAGACCGUGAGCCCACAAAUCUUCCAGUAUGCGACCACGCAGGUGAAAGACAAACUUUUGGAGGCAGAUCUUUCUGACCAAGUAGCCCCAAGGGCUCCAGUGCUCAAGUUAUGCAAGAUGGCAUCCAACGGGCAUUUGGAAAUUCCCCGUGACGUACGUGACAAAUGGCUGGCAGACCCAGUCCAAGCUCCGCAGCCCUCCGCCGCUGAUGCAGACCGAGAUCUUGCAACAGAGACCUCUGUUACUACUGGUGGCCAAGAACAGAACGCAGGUGGCCAAGCCCAGUUUUUGGAGCCACCAGCUUUGAGUGAGGACAACUUCAAGCAGAAGUACCCAAGUGCUGAAGCCAUGACUGUUGUUACCUUGAACAUGGGAAAUGGGCAGAAUAUUACAUGUACUUUGGUUGACAACAAGGUCUUCCUCAGCACAGGCAACAAGGUGACGGUCUUUGGAGCAGGGACUACAAACGCAAAGCCCCUCUUCAUGUAUGCUGGCGGGACAUGGAUUUCUGAGGAUGCAAAGGUUGUGCUCGAGGAACAGACGUCCCAAGGGCUUGUGGACACUGGUCCAAUGUCGCUGUUCCAGCUAGUGCUUUCCUUUGAGAAACGAGGCCAUCUCGACCUCAAGAUCACGGGUCAUGCCAUAGAUCGCCCUGCCAAUGUUCGUCGUGGAGAAGCCCCAGAUUGUGUCACUGUGACACAUCAGUCACAUGCAGUGUUCAAACCCAAUGCAGUCCAAGCCAGGAAUGUCAAGGGGACAAACGUGGCAGGUCUCAUCGGGAACAAAUGUCUGGCAUCAUCUCAGUAUUUGACAAUGGUGUGGAGAAUGAGGCACUAUGCUCGUGAAAAGGUCGUUGGUCCUGCCAAGCCUUUGUGGUUUGCGAAGGGCAGCAUCGUCUUGGAGCCGAAGACUUUCUACCAAGUCGCUUGAGUGAGG